AUGGACCUCACCUCCGCAAACAUGUCUUAUGCCUCGUCUUACACACGGAAAGGCUGCUCAGAACAGCAGCAAGAACAGGAUGGCAGCAAACUGCUCUCUCCGGUGGCAGCCUCCGCCUCCGGAAACGACACCCAGGAUGCUCAGCCUCGGCAACGCAGGCCGGGCUCACAACUAACCUCUGGCCGGAGGAAGUCCAUUGUCAACCAUUUCAUGGACGGAGAGGAGGCUCUCUUGCUCAAGAUGGACCAAUUUCUCACAGAGCUCGAGCGUCGCCUCGAGCAUUUUGAAAACCUCAGCGAUUAUAGCUUUGAUGCCAGCAUAGCCAGGACAUUUGCGACACUGCAGGCUGUGCGGGAAAGGUGCUCCCUCGUCUCUGGCGAGAUGAUUGGUGCCGGACGCCGAAGACUUCAGGUCAUGGUCGAGACCCUCGACGCACGAUACCACGAUGCCCUGGCGGCAGCCGAGUCCAUGAACGAGAAAGCCCGCGUGGGCAUCGAACUGCUCGACAACAUGCUGGACGACUUCGAGAACCGGGCAGUCAAAAUGCGGGACCAGAGCAUUGCUAAUGCCGCCGACGCCGCGGAGAGCUUCAUGGACGAAGGUCGAAGGGUCAUGGACAAGGGUCUUGAGCGUGCUCGCGGUGUGGUGAAUGAAGGAUUUGAGCAAGCGCGGCAUGCCAAGGAAUCGCUCGAAGACACGGUGCAAAAGGCCAUCGCCCGAGCCCGCGAGAAGGGCCACCUGACAUACAACGAGCUCCCUACUCCUUGGCGCGUCAACCCGCACAUCCACAGCGGCUACCGGUUCCGCGAAACAUCGCUGGACUGCGUGCGGUCCAUGUUUGGCGUGUCCAAUGAGACGGUCAAUAUCUGGACGCACGCCCUGGGCCUGGUCGUCGUUCUCGCCAUUGCCUUUUACUUCUAUCCAUCCUCUGCCAACUUUGCGCUCUACACAAAGACCGACAUGUUCAUCGCGGGUGUCUUCCUCUUCGCCGCUUGCAAGUGCCUGAUCUGCAGCACUGUCUGGCACACAAUGAACUGUCACGCGGAUCAGGGGCUGAUGGAGUGCUUUGCGUGCGUCGACUACACCGGCAUCUCCCUCCUCAUCGCCGCGUCCAUCAUGACGACCGAGUACACCGUCUUCUACUGCGAACCCGUCAGCCGCUGGUCGUACAUCACGGCGACCAUGGUGCUCGGCAUCAUUGGCGUCAUCCUCCCUUGGAACCCACGCUUCAACGAGCAGAACAUGGCCUGGGUCCGCGUCGCCUUCUUUAUCGGUCUCGGCGCCACGGGCUUUCUCCCCAUCUUCCAGGUUAUUUACACUCGCGGGUUUCAGUGGGCGCUCGACUUCUACUCUGACUCGAACCUCAUGAAGUCUCUGACCGUGUAUGUCGUCGGCGCCGUCAUCUACGCAAGCAAGGUCCCCGAGCGGUGGUACCCAGGCGCGUUCGACUACUUUGGCAAUGCCCACAACCUGUGGCACGUCGCGGUGCUGGGCGGCAUUGUGUACCACUUCCUCGCCAUGCAGCAGCACUUCUCUGGUGCCUUCCAGCGCGCGCAAGAGGGCUGCCCGGCGUACUGA